CAGUAGCACUUUGGGACCAUUGCACACUCCCAAACGCUGCACAGUCACUUACAGCUUUAUAUACCGUAUGAUAUCUGAACAGGAACUCACUGCAAGGACAGUUAUAACCGGACUUGGAGUGUUGCAUUGUAGUUAAAGUUGAAGUUUGUUUGAUCUGGAUGGAGCCUAUUUGUGCGACGGGAGUUGCUGCCCGUUUGAGGAGCGAAUGGGACCGGAAUGAUGGAGCUGGCCAGAACCAUAUGGCCCUGAAAUUCUUGGGCCAAGAUUUUGAAUCCUUGCGUGCCCACUGCCUUCAGAGUGGAUGUCUGUUUGAAGAUGAAACAUUCCCAGCCCAGCUGUCUUCUUUAGGAUUUAAGGAGCUCGGUCCAGGCUCUGCUAAAACGAAAGGUGUUUGCUGGAUGAGGCCCACGGAGUUCUGCUCUGACCCGCACUUUAUCAUAGAUGGGGCCACACGCACAGACAUCUGCCAAGGAGCUUUAGGUGAUUGUUGGCUGCUGGCAGCCAUAGCUUGCCUUACGCUAAAUGAACCUUUGCUGCAUCGGGUGGUGCCUCACGGCCAGAGUUUCCAUCAGCAAUAUGCUGGAAUCUUUCACUUCCAGUUCUGGCAGUUCGGGGACUGGGUGGAUGUGGUGAUUGACGACAGGCUGCCUGUCAGAGAUGGAAAGCUCCUGUUUGUCCAUUCUGCUGAGGGAGCAGAGUUCUGGAGCGCUCUGGUAGAGAAGGCUUAUGCAAAGUUGAAUGGCUGCUAUGAGGCUCUCUCUGGGGGCUGCACAUCUGAAGGGUUUGAGGACUUCACCGGUGGCGUGACGGAGAUGUAUGAGCUGAAAAAAGCUCCACCCAACCUCUUCAGCAUCAUCAAAAGGGCUGUGGAGAGAGGCUCCCUCAUGGGCUGCUCUAUAGAUAUUACAAGUUUCUUUGACAUGGAGGCAGUCACCUUUAAAAAACUGGUGAAAGGCCAUGCCUACUCCAUUACUGGAGUCGAGGAGGUGGAGUACAGAGGAAACCUCACAAAGCUGGUGCACAUCAGAAACCCCUGGGGAGAGGUGGAGUGGACGGGAGCCUGGAGUGAUGAUGCAAGAGAGUGGCGUGAAAUCGACCCGUCGGUCAGGUCCCGGCUGCACAGUUGCAGAGAGGAUGGAGAAUUCUGGAUGUCAUUCAGUGACUUCAUGCGUGAGUUCAGCAGGCUGGAGAUCUGCAACCUGACAGCGGAUGCACUACAGAGCAGCGAGGCGAAGAAGUGGAACACAGCACUGUACCCUGGUGAAUGGAGAAGAGGCAGCACUGCUGGUGGCUGCAGGAACUACCCAGCAACAUUUUGGAUCAAUCCCCAAUUUAAAAUAGCUUUGAAGGAACCAGAUACUGAGAGUCAAGAUGGCUGCACUUUCCUUGUGGCACUGAUGCAGAAAAAUCGCCGUAUGUUGCGUCGUGAGGGCAAAGACAUGGAAACGAUUGGAUAUGCCAUCUAUGAGGUCCCUGAAGAGUACCUGGGUCGGGUGGGUGUGCACCUGAAGCGUGAUUUUUUUCUCAACCACACAUCCAGUGCCCGCUCCGAGCUCUUCAUCAACCUGCGGGAGGUAAGCUCACGUUUCUGCUUGCCUGCUGGGGAAUAUAUCAUCGUCCCCUCCACCUUUGAGCCCCAGAAAGAAGGAGACUUUGUGCUGAGGGUCUUCUCAGAAAAGGCUGCUGACUCCCAGGAGUUAGAUGAGGAACUUUCUGCAGACUUGCCAGAGGAGCCUGUGCUCCAAGAAAGGGACAUUGAUGAGGGCUUCAAGGCACUCUUUGCAAAACUGGCAGGGCCGGAAAUGGAAAUCAAUGUGUCCAAACUCCAGAUGAUUCUAAACCGGGUUGUUGGCAAACAUAAAGAUAUAAAGACAGACGGUUUUGGCAAAGAGGCCUGUCGAGGGAUGAUAAAUCUUAUGGAUUCAACUGGUGUUGGGAAGCUGGGACUAAUAGACUUCCAUGUGCUCUGGGAGAAGAUCAAACGAUAUCUUGCUGUGUUUAGGGAGUUUGACUUGGACAAGUCUGGCACAAUGAGUUCUUAUGAAAUGCGCUUGGCACUAGAAUCAGCAGGCUUCAAGUUGACCAACAACCUUUUCCAGCUAAUAAUCCUACGUUAUGCAAAGCCAGACCUGAACGUUGACUUCGACAACUUUGUGGCCUGUCUGAUCCGACUGGAGACUAUGUUCAAAACAUUUAAAACAAUGGACACCGACAAAGAUGGAGUGGUUUUCUUUAGCUUCACCCAGUGGAUCACCCUCACUAUGUUUACUUAGAUGGAAAUCCCUUCUCUUCUUUGCUUGCUUUGUUCCUAAGCUAAUUUACUAAGUGACUCCUGUCACCUAGGUAGUAUUUAUGCAGUGGGUGCGUAAGGGCAGGCAUUAUAGCCCUCAUACUAUCAGGUAUAAAGCAUGAUAUGCAAUAAAUACUUGAAAUUGCUGAGCAUGUUUUUGUCCCUUAGUGAAUUGGUCGCACUUUUAACUUAAUAUUUUGAGGGCAGGAAAUGUAAGCAUACAUGAAUUACCCAAUAAUCCCAGAAAAGGCACUGAACCUCAUUUCAUUGCUUUCUCUUGUUUGAAAGGAAGAAACUGCCAUAAAGUUUGCAUGCAUGCAAGCAAGCAGCAGUUAGGCCAAACUUAAUAUAUCUGAGCCAAAUAAAUUUUUACUUGUAGUAUCAAUGUAGUUGAUUUGUCAGUGUAGAAAGUGUUAAAGGGAUAGUUCAAGUGAAAAUGGACAUUCUGUUGUCGUUUACUCACCAACAGGGCUGGACUGGUAAUCUAGCACACUGGGCAUUUUCCCAGUUGGCCGACACACGAUCGGGGUGGACUGGCCAUCGUGAGAACCGAGUGGGCAGGUGGGUCACCGCGAAACAUGGGACACGAUAAGCUAAAAUGUGCUGCCGCGUUAUGUGAAACGGACCACAAAACGGCGCCGAACAGCUUUUGGGCCAGUUACUAUGUAAAAUCCCAGACCGAUUUCUCUUCCCAGUCCAGCCUUGCUCACCAAUGUUAUUACUCACCCAACUCUUAUAACUUUAUUUCUUCUGUGGAGCACAAAAUAUGUUAGGCAGAAGCCUCAGUAACCAUUUGCGUUCAUUGCAUCUUUUUUACAUACAAUGAAAGUGUAUUGAGACUAAGGUGAACUAUCCCUUUAAAGGGGUCAUGACAUGAGUAAUCAGAUUUCUUUGAUCCUUUGAUCUUUUGAUAUACAAACGGUCAUUGUACUAUAAAAACAUAACUGCAAGUUUCAGAACUCAAAACUUCCUCCUCAUUGAAAAAAAAAAAAAAAGCAUUUGUUAAAA